UAUUAUUAAAUGCAACUAACACAUAACUUAAUUCGUUGAUUAUUUAUAUUUAAUUUUGAACUUAAUAAAGUCUAAUAGCGAACCGGACGAGAAGUGUAGGAAGUUCAACUGUAUAAUCAAGUGGAGGCGAGGCCCUUCGGAUCCGCCACAUUUCACUCAUCAUGGUUCAAAUUGCAAGACACAUCGACAGCUGUCAAAGGCCUCUCUCUCUAAAAAGAACCGCUCCUUUCAUCGUCCCUGCAUUUCCAUCUUUCCUUUUCUCUCUCCUCCUUCGCAUUUCUCCCUAGAUCGAAGCUUCAUCCAUGGCGGCUACUUCAGCUCGCGAAGAGAAUGUUUACAUGGCGAAGCUGGCCGAGCAAGCCGAGCGCUACGAGGAGAUGGUUCAAUUCAUGGAAAAAGUGACCGCCGAAGCCGAGGAGCUGACCGUGGAGGAGCGCAAUCUCCUCUCUGUUGCCUACAAGAACGUGAUCGGCGCGCGCCGAGCCUCUUGGCGCAUCAUCUCCUCCAUUGAGCAGAAGGAGGAGAGCCGUGGCAACGAGGACCACGUCGCUACCAUCCGUGGCUACAGAUCCAAGAUCGAGUCCGAGCUGUCCUCCAUCUGCGACGGUAUUCUUCGCCUGCUGGAUUCGCGGCUUAUCCCUUCGGCUACGUCCGGUGACUCGAAGGUGUUUUAUUUGAAGAUGAAGGGCGAUUAUCAUCGCUAUCUGGCUGAGUUCAAGACCGGAGCCGAGAGGAAAGAGGCGGCGGAGAGCACUCUCGCAGCUUAUAAAUCGGCGCAGGAUAUUGCAACAGUGGAAUUGGCUCCAACCCAUCCUAUUCGCCUGGGACUUGCACUUAACUUCUCUGUCUUUUACUAUGAGAUUCUGAAUUCCCCGGAUCGUGCUUGUAAUCUUGCUAAACAGGCUUUUGAUGAAGCCAUUGCUGAGUUGGAUACCCUGGGAGAGGAGUCUUACAAGGACAGCACUUUGAUAAUGCAGCUUCUUCGUGAUAACCUGACUUUGUGGACUUCAGAUAUGCAGGUCAUUAUUAUCUUCUAUUUGAAUUGGUAUGGUUGUCAUCUUUCUCACUGUAGGUUUACUUAUGGGAUGUAUUUUGUUGGUUCUGAUUCAGGAUGAUGGUGGUGAUGAGAUCAAAGAAGCACCCAAACAUGAUGAGGAAUAGUGAAGUUCCGGUCAUAUAGGAUUAGUGUCUCCUUUUCCCUUUUUUUUUUCUCUCCUUUUUUCCUUUUUUUUUUUAAUGGUUUGUUUUUCAAUUGGAAAAGGUGUUUGGUACUGGUUCUCCAGGGUUAUAGUUGUUAGGAGUUCCAGCCAUGAUUUGCAAACCGUUGGAAGUAUCAUUCACUGCUAGUCUGCUAUUUUCGGGCUUUUAUUGAUGUCUUUCUGAUGUUUUCACUCUUAGAGAAUUUGAAGGUUAAUGUUUGUGUCGAGCCCCAGUGGCUUUUCUGUUUGUUGAUGGUUUAACUGGUACAUUGUCUUUUAUGUUGGUGCAUUUGAUUAAGGAUAUUAUUCAGAAA